GGACUGUUCUGCGACGCACAGUUGAAACCAUUCGUGUCCGCUUUCAGCACCAUGUUAGAAUCGAAGCUUCACUUUAAGCGAAGUUCCGUUUGAGAUUGCUGUCGCCUCCUUGAUGAAACCAGGCUAAGAAGAUACAAGGGUAGCAGACACGGGUUUGUUACGGGUUUGUUUCUGGAUUGUGGUCACAAUUUUAUGAUUUUUUUAAUCUGAUUUUAUGGAUCAUCAACCAGUUAUAAUGAAAUAUUUAACACAAAAUGCAAUGGAUUUAUUUCGUUCUGAUAACUUAGUUCGGAUAUCUGCUCCUAUGGUUCGAUAUUCAAAGCUGGCCUUCAGGACACUGGUGAGAAAGUAUGACUGCGAUUUAUGUUAUACUCCAAUGAUCAUUGCUGCUGAUUUUGUCAAAUCUGUGAAAGCAAGAGACAGCGAAUUUACAACAAAUCAAGGUGAUUGUCCACUUAUAGUUCAGUUUGCUGCUAAAGAAGCCCAGGUAUUAGCAGAUGCUGCAAGCCUUGUCUCUCCAUUUGCCAGUGGAAUAGACCUCAACUGUGGCUGUCCUCAGAGGUGGGCAAUGGCUGAAGGAUAUGGUGCUUGCUUAAUAAAUAACCCAGAGUUGGUUAGUGAUAUGGUGAGACAAGUUCGCAACCAAGUUGGCAGUUCAGAGUUUACGAUAUCAAUCAAGAUCAGGAUCCAUGCAGACAUCUCCAGAACAGUUGACCUCUGCCGAAAGGCUGAAGCGGCUGGUGUAUCUUGGAUUACAGUACAUGGGAGAACUCAUGAUGAAAGACAUCAGCCAGUGCACUACAAUGCAAUAAAAAAUAUUAAAGAAAGCUUGUCUAUACCUAUUGUUGCCAAUGGGGAUAUUAAAAGUUUAAAAGAAGCGGAGAAUAUUCAUCAAAUAACAGGGGCAGAUGGUGUUAUGGCUGCCAGGGGGCUUCUCGCUAAUCCUGCCAUGUUUGCAGGGUAUGAAGAAACUCCACUGGCAUGUAUACAAGACUGGGUUGACAUUGCACUGGAACAUGGAACCCCUUUUACUUGUUUACAUCAUCAUUUGAUGUAUAUGAUGGAAAGGAUAACAUCAAAACAAGAGAAAAGAAUUUUUAAUAUCUUAUCUAGCACAUCUGCAGUUUUAGAUUAUUUAAGAGACCAUUACGAAAUACAAUAGAAAUUGGUGCAGGGUUUUCUGAACAAGUGCAACAAAAUAUUAAUGCUAAUUUAUUGUUAUACAAUAUAUUUUUUACAAGUAGUAAUGCAUGCCACUUUAAAAGAUAGGGCUUUCUUUUAUCCAGGUAAAAAGGAUUCUGAGGCGACGUAUAUUAAAUCACAAAAUAGACGAUUGGGAAUUCUUCUACAUUCCCUAGCUAUGUAUUUAAUAAAACUUCUCCAUUGUGUAUAGCGUAAGACUCGUACCUUUUACUAGUAUAAUUCAUAUAAUUGUAUUAGCAAUUCUAAAUUUAAUGCAAGAUAAAACAGAGACAAGUUAUUCUUCUAACAAAAAUAGUGUUUUUUUUCUCUUUUAAGUGCUGCCAUGUUGCAGUGGCUUUUAUGUAAAAUUAUACCCCUAUUUGUAUUACAGAUUUUUUUAUUGUUUUUAUAAAAUUAUGUUUUGAAAUA